AUGGCGGAUGAAUUUCAAUUAGGCAGUACUGGUAGCUGGUGGGAUACAUCUAGAAACAGAUUUGGCACUACUUCAUCAACACAAUCUUCGACUUCUACAACGUUAAAUAACAAGAAGAAAUCAACCUUUGAAUGGCCGACAGAAAUGUCCGAGAUCAAGCCGAGGUCUUCCAUAGAUUCUUCAUCAGUUUUUCCAUUUUCCAACAAGUUGCAAGAGCGGGAUCCCAAUCUACAAAUGAUGGGAUUAGGCCUUUCUUCUCAAGGAAUGGACUGGAAUCACUCUUUACUUAGAAAUGAAAAGGCUAUGCUUCAAGAAGAUACGAAUUUUCAACAAGAAGCUGGGGAAGCAUCUUCUCAAGACCAGUGGACUAGGCAGAAAAUAUAUUCCUGCAGUGCUGAGGAUUCUUCAAUUAUGAAUGAUUUUAAGCAUAUUAACCAGGGUUUUUCUUUAGACCAGCCAGAAUACUGUUCUCAAGUGAGCUCUAGCGACGCUGGAAGAACAAUAUCUCAGGGCUUAACGACUAGUUUUCAGAUGGAUUCUACUGCAUACGGCUUGUUAUUAUCCGAAAAUCAGCCCCAUCAAUCCACGUAUGAAAAUCCGGCCAUGAAUUAUCCGGGACCUUAUCCAACUAGCUAUGGGGCCAGCACGGGCGAGGUGUUUCCUUCUUGGUCUAAAAAUCUGCCUUUUUUGAGACCACCCUCAGGCCACCUACACUUCACCAACAAUACUCCUUUCUGGAAUGCAUCUGCGGCUGCUAUGAAUGACGUUCGAUCGAGCUUCUUCCCGUCCCUACAACCGCAACUUCAAACACCGCCCUUUGACGAAAAACCAAAGAUCACAAUGGAAACUCGAGAUGUCGGUAUGAUAACAAAGAAAAACACGACGGAAACGUCAAAUAAAAGACCUCGGAAUGAAACCCCAUCUUUUAAGGUAAGGAAAGAGAAGAUGGGGGACAGAGUCACCGCACUUCAACAAUUAGUUUCGCCUUUUGGAAAGACUGAUACGGCAUCCGUGCUUUCUGAAGCUACCGAAUAUAUAAAACAUCUCCAUGAUCAAGUCAAUGUGUUAAGUACGCCAUAUUUCAAAAGUGGAGCUCCCUUACAGCACCAGCAGAACUCUAAAUCCAGUGAUCCAGAUCAAGGGCAGGCGCAAGAUCUUAAAAGUCGAGGACUAUGUUUAGUACCAAUUUCUAGCACUUUCCCCGUCACGCACGAAACAACAGUUGAUUUUUGGAAUCCUACAUUUGGAGGGACUUUCAGAUAA